AUGGAGCCCAAAAGUCGAACUCAAGGAGCUUCUGGCCUCAUAGAGUUUGGGCCUCAGCAUGAAACUGUGACUGAGGAAGAGGGUAACAAUUGUAAUGCAUUUGAAAAUAGUUGUCAUCUGAGCACAGACUUUGUUUCUUCAAAACAAAGACUCCAAAGACAAGACUCUUAUUAUGAUAGGAGAUUUAACUAUUUAGACUUAUAUAGUGGUAAUAGAAGAUAUGCAGGAAAGAAUGAAUGUAGUGAAUGUGGGAAAGCCUUCUUCCAGAAGUCAGACCUCGUAAUACAUAAGAGAACUCAUACAGGAGAAAAGCCUUUUGUAUAUACUGAGUGUGGAAAAGGCUUCAGCAAGAAAUCUAAUCUUGUUAUACAUCUGAGAAUCCAUACUCUAGAGAAACCUUAUGAGUGUACUGAAUGUAGAAAAGCUUUCUCCCAUAAGUCACACCUCACUGAACAUCAGAGAAUUCGCACUGGGGCGAAACCCUAUGAGUGUAAUGAGUGUGGGAAGGCCUUUUUCCAAAAAUCAUACCUCAGUAUUCACCAGAGAACUCAUACUGGGGAGAAACCCUACAGUAGAAUACACACAGGAGAGAAACCUUAUGUGUGUACCAAGUGUGAGAGAGAUUUCAGUGAAGUGACCUGCCUUAUUAGACAUAAGAAAAUCCAUACUGGAGAGAAACCUUAUGAAUGUAAUGAAUGUAAAAAAGCCUUCUCUGAGAAGUCUGACUUCAUUAUACAUCACAGAACUCACACAGGAGAAAAACCCUAUGAAUGCAGUCAAUGUGGGAGAGCCUUCAGACAGCUCAGCCCUUUGUCGUCUUAA